AUGAAACACCAUCUCAUGAUAGGCACAUGGACGCCGCCCGGGGCCAUCUUUACGGUUGAAUUCGACGACGAAGCAUGGACGUUGAGGUUGGUCAAGAAAACACCCAUUCCUGCGGAUGAGCCCAUCUCAUGGAUGACAUUCGACCAUGCACGGCGAAACAUCUACGGAGCCUCCAUGAAGAAAUGGUCCAGCCAUGCCGUCAAAGCACCCGACACCAUCUCGCAUGAGGUGUCACAUCCCAUGAACCACGACCCUCGGGCUCAGAGUGCCAAUACCAGGACGAGAGCCAUCUUUGUCCUGGCCGCAAAAAAGCCGCCCUACUGCGUCUAUGGCAAUCCGUUCUACGAGCAUGCGGGCUAUGGGAACGUCUUUUCCGUCGAUGACACGGGCAAACUCGACAAGAAUAUCCAAAACUACGAAUACAGCGAGAAAUCGGCCAUCCAUGGCAUGGUCUUUGACCCGACAGAAACCUUUCUCUACUCAGCCGACAUGUGGGCCGACAAGAUCUGGACGCACAAGAAAGCGAGCGAUGGCACUCUCACCCUGGUCGGCAGCGUCGAUGCACCUUCGGCUGGUGAUCAUCCUCGAUGGGUAGAGAUUCACCCUAGUGGACACUAUCUCUACGUGUUGAUGGAGGCUGGGAAUAGGCUGGGGGUGUAUGUGAUUGAUGAGACGACCCAUCUCCCCGUCUUCACCCAAGACCUUUAUCCGCUUGUUCCGCCAGGUGUGCGAGAUCUCAAGAAGAUGUACAGGUCGGAUGUGGUAUUCUGUUCGCAAAGUGGCAGCUAUCUCUUCGCAACCGCCCGCUCGAACUCAUUCAGCGUGACUGGGUACAUCAGCGCCUUCAAGCUUGGACCACAAGGCCAGAUCCAGAAACAGCUGUGCAUCAGUCCAACGCCUAACAGCGGCGGCCACUCCAAUGCAGUGAGUCCUUGUCCCUGGACGGACGAGUGGUUGGCUUUGACGGAUGAUCAAGACGGAUGGGUGGAAAUAUACCGGUGGCACGACGAGUAUCUCUCGCGAGUGGCUCAUCUGGACAUCAAGGAGCCCGGCUUCGGCAUGAAUGCCAUUUGGUACGACUAG